GGGCGUGGCAGUAAACAGCAGCAACCCACAAGCCGGCUUGGCCAGAAACUCCGAUCUCCCUCCCCUGCCGGAAAGUGCGUCUAGUCGGAGCCUGGAGGGACCCAGCUGGGGCCUGGCCCGGGAGCCAGGAUGGCCAUCCAGAAAGCGGUGCUCAUAUGCCUGGGACUGCCUCUCUUCCUACUCCCAGGGGCCCAGGCCCAGAACCACGCCCCAGCUGGCUGCAGCCCGGACCUCAACCCCCUCUACUACAACCUGUGUGACCGCUCUGGGGCUUGGGGCAUCAUCUUGGAGGCAGUGGCGGGGGCGGGCAUCGUCACCACUUUCGUCCUCACCAUCAUCCUCGUGGCCAGCCUCCCCUUCGUGCAAGACACCAAGAAGCGGAGCCUGCUGGGGACCCAGGUGUUCUUCCUGCUGGGGACCCUGGGCCUCUUCUGCCUCGUCUUUGCCUGCGUGGUGAAGCCUGACUUCUCCACCUGUGCCUCUCGGCGCUUCCUCUUUGGGGUCCUGUUCGCCAUCUGCUUCUCCUGCCUAGUGGCCCACGUGUUAGCCCUCAACUUCCUGGUCCGGAAGAACCACGGGCCCCGGGGCUGGGUGGUCUUCAUCGUGGCCCUGUUGCUAAGCCUCGUGGAGGUGAUCAUCAACACGGAGUGGCUGAUCAUCACGCUGGUGCGAGCAGGUGGCGGCGAGGGUGGCCCUCCGGCCAAUGGCAGUGCCAGCUGGGCUACCGCCUCCCCCUGUGCCAUCGCCAACGUGGACUUUGUCAUGGCGCUGAUCUACGUCAUGCUGCUGCUGCUCUGCGCCUUUACAGGGGCCUGGCCCGCCCUGUGCGGCCGCUUCAAGCGCUGGCGGAAGCACGGGGUCUUCGUGCUGCUCACCACGGCCACCUCCAUCGCCAUCUGGGUGGUGUGGAUUGUCAUGUACACCUACGGCAACCAGCAGCGCAACAGUCCCACGUGGGAUGACCCCACGCUGGCCAUCACCCUCGCCGCCAAUGCCUGGGCCUUUGUGCUCUUCUAUGUCAUCCCUGAGGUCUCCCAGGUGACCAAGGCCAGCCCAGAGCAGAGCUACCAGGGGGACCUGUACCCCACCCGGGGCGUGGGCUAUGAGACCAUCCUGAAAGAGCAGAAGGGCCAGAGCAUGUUUGUGGAAAACAAGGCAUUUUCCAUGGACGAGCCAGCCUCAGCUAAGAGACCAGUGUCACCGUACAGUGGGUACAACGGGCAGCUGCUGACCAGUGUGUACCAGCCCACUGAGAUGACCCUGAUGCACAAAGCCCCGUCUGAAGGAGCUUACGACGUCAUCCUCCCGCGGGCCACUGCUAACAGCCAGGUGAUGGGCAGUGCCAACUCCACCCUGCGGGCCGAAGACAUCUAUGCAGCCCAGAGCCACCAGGAUGCCACCCUGCCGAAGGAAGGCAAGAACUCUCAGGUCUUUAGAAACCCCUACGUGUGGGACUGA